AUGACUUUAGCCUUACUGACCCUUAUCUUGAACCCUCUUCUGGAAAGGAGUGCCUAUUGUUACUUUAUCGGGCAGCAGCCUGGAAAAGCUCUUGGGGACCAGAGAAAGCCAAGUUUGCCUGCCCUGCACUUUAUCAAAGGAGCAGGGAAGAAAGAAUCAUCGAGGCAUGGGGGUCCGCACUGCAAUGUUUCUGUGGAACAUGAAGCCCUUCAGAGGCCAGUAGCAUCUGACUUCGAGCCCCAAGGUCUGAGCGAAGCAGCUCAUUGGAACUCUAAGGAAAACCUUCUCACUGGUCCCAGCGAAAAUGACCCCAACCUUUUCAUUGCCCUGUAUGAUUUUGUGGCCAGUGGGGAUAACACUUUAAGCAUAACUAAAGGUGAAAAGCUCCGGGUCUUAGGCUACAAUCACAAUGGGGAAUGGUGUGAAACCCAAACUAGAAAUGGCCAAGGGUGGGUCCCAAGCAACUACAUCAUGCCAGUCAACAGUCUGGAGAAACAUUCUUGGUACCACGGGCCCGUGUCCCGCAAUGCCGCCGAGUACCUGCUGAGCAGCGGGAUCAAUGGCAGCUUCUCAGUCCGGGAGAGCGAGAGCAGCCCUGGGCAGAGGUCCAUCUCGCUGAGAUACGAAGGGAGGAUGUACCACUACAGGAUCAACACUGCUUCGGACGGCAAGCUCUACGUCUCCUCAGAGAGCCACUUCAACACUUUGGCCGAGCUGGUUCAUCACCACUCAAUGGUGGCCGGUGGGCUCAUGACCACUCUCCACUCUCCGGCCCCCAAACGCAACAAGCCCACCAUCUACAGCGUGUCCCCUAACUAUGACAAGUGGGAGAUGGAGUGCACGGACAUCACCAUGAAGCACAAGCUGGGUGGAGGCCAGUACGGGGAGGUGUAUGAAGGCGUGUGGAAGAAGUACAGCUUGACGGUGGCCGUGAAGACCUUGAAGGGGGAUACCAUGGAGGUGGAAGAGUUCUUGAAAGAGGCCACAGUAAUGAAAGAGAUCAAGGACCCCAAUUUAGUACAGUUACUUGGGGUGUGCACCCGGGAGCCCCCGUUCUAUAUAAUCACUGAGUUCAUGACCUAUGGGAACCUGCUGGAUUACCUGAGGGAGUGUAACCAGCAGGAGGUGAACGCCGUGGUGCUGCUGUACGUGGCCACUCAGAUCUCAUUGGCCAUGGAGUACCUGGAGAAGAAGAACUUCAUCCACAGAGAUCUUGCCCGAAACUGCCUGGUAGGGGAAAACCACUUGGUGAAGGUGGCUGAUUUUGGCCCGAGCAGGUUAAUGACAGGGGACACCUACACAGCCCACGCCGGGGCCAAGUUCCGCAUCACGUGGAGGGCACCUGAAAGCCUGGCCUACAACAAGUUCUCCAUCCAGUCGGAUGUCUGGGCAUUUGGAGUGUUGCUUUGGGAAGUUGCUACCUACGGCAUGUCACCUUACCCAGGAAUUGGCCUGUCCCAGGUGUAUGAACUUCUAGAGAAAGACGACCGCAUGGAGUGCCUGGAAGGCUGCCCAGAGAAGGUCUACGGACUCAUGCGAGCAUGUUGGCAGUGGAAUCCCUCCAACCGGCCCUCAUUCGCUGAAAUCCACCGAGCCUUUGAAACAAUGUUCCAGGAAUCCAGCAUAUCAGAUGGAGUGGGAAAGGAAUUGGGGAAGAAAGGCAUGCGAGGGGUUGCAGGUACUCUCCUGCAGGCCCCAGAGCUGCCCACCAAGACGAGAACCUCCAGGAGAGCUGCCGAACACAAAGAUGCCCCCGAAGUGCCUGAGACGCCCCACUCCAAGGGCCCAGGAGAGACCGCAUUUGUGGUUGCUCUUGUGGCAGAUACAGCAAUAAUAAAAUAUUGAACCAAACGAAGAGCAGCUCGUUGUGAAAUCACUGAUAUGAAAAACUCACUGGCACUGAUGGAGCCAGGAGACACCUGUGGAGAGCUGGAGAGCUGGUGUCCCCUCGUGGUCUCUGAGAAGAGACUGUUUCUGGUGCUGUUCCCUAGACUAGCGAGGGCGGUGGGAGUGGUGAAAAAGGGCUCUCAAGAUGUUAUCAGGAGUAACAUUAGCAAACACUGAUCCAGUGCUUCAUAUGUGCUGGGCUUGACUCUAAGCGAGACUGUUCUUAUUUAACAGUUCCUCCAACAAAAAAAAAAA